AAGCGGCGGAUGUGCGACUGUUUACUCCUAGUCCAAGAUUGAAAGCAGGCUAGCUAAUGGCUAUGUUUCAAUCAGAAUGAUAUCGCAGCGAGAAAGAGGGGAACUUGCUCGGUUUUACACAGUCACGGACCCAAAAAAGCACCAGAAAGGUUACACUGUGUAUAAAGUCACUGCAAGGAUUAUCUCCAGAAAGAACCCAGAGGAUGUCCAGGAGAUAACAGUCUGGAAGAGGUAUAGUGAUUUCCGGAAGCUUCACCGGGACCUCUGGCAGCUCCACAGAAAUCUCUGCAGCCAAUCAGAGCUUUUCCCUCCCUUUGCCAAGGCUAAGGUCUUUGGUCGUUUUGAAGACACAGUGAUUGAAGAAAGGAGACAGUGUUCUGAGGAUCUUCUACAGUUCUCUGCCAACAUCCCUGCUCUUUAUAGCAGUCAGCACAUCCAGGACUUCUUCAAGGGAGGGGAGGUCCAAGACAGCUCUGAGCUAAUUGGUCCAGCCGAACCCUUCUCAGACUUCCUGGCUGAAAGCUUUUCAGACUGCAGCUCUGAAGUUCAGAGAGAUAUCAGUGGGGCCGACGAUUUGACUGUGACCAGUCAGUCUGAGUAUGGAGGUCGGCCCAGUGACGGCGACCUGACCUCCCUGGCUGUGGACACAGACUCCCUGGCUGAGCUGGACGAUGGCAUGGCCUCGGGACGCACCUCCCCAAACCAGCCACCGCCUCCUGGGGGCGCCACCCUCAGCAGCAGUCCCCUCCUGCCCUCCCUGCGUGAUCGCCUCCGCGGCCCAGCCUUAGUGUCAGCCCCAGUCCCAGUCCCAACUCCAGUUCCAGAGGUCAGCCGGCCCGCCAGAGCGCAGCUGUUCCCCGGCAGCCUGAAGAGAGCGAGCGCCAACGCUAAGGACGUGAAGCCCGAUUACCUGGACAGGGCCAGCGAGCGCAUCCGAUUGGCCGUGCAGAAGGAAGAGGAGCAGGAUUACCAGGCUGCGUUUUCCUGCUACCGUAGUGGGGUGGACCUGCUUCUGCAGGGCGUGCAAGGCGAGGCCAGCCCCACGAGGCGUGAAGCGGUCAAGAGGCGGACUGCUGAGUACUUGAUGCGUGCCGAGCAGAUAUCCAGCCAGCACCUGAGAAGCAGCAUGGGUCAAGGGUCAAUGCAGGCAGUGGCGAUGGGGCAGCAGUGCUCCGCUCCCACCAGCAGGGGGGGACAGCAGAGUCCAGCGGAGGAGCUGACAGCCUACAGAGUCCUGGGCGUUAUCGACAAGGUUCUUCUGGUCAUGGACAAGAGGACACAGGAGACGUUUAUUCUCAAAGGCCUGAGGAAGAGCAGCGAGUGUGGGAGGACCAAGCGGACCAUCAUGCCUCACUCCGUGCCCCACAUGGUGAGGCUGAGGAAGUUCGUCGUCUCCGAAGACACCGUCUUCCUGCUGCUCCAGUACGCCGAGGGGGGGAAGCUGUGGUCUCACAUCGGGAAGUUCCUGAGGAGCUCCACCCCGGAGGACAGCUUCGACAUCCCCUUCAUCCAGAAGAGCCACACCACGGCGGUCCACUCCCCCCUGCGUGGCGCCUCUCAGCUGGGCUUGGAUUCCGCCAGCUCCGGGUCCGGCUCUGGUUCUGGUUCGGGGCUCCAGAGGGUAAGGGAGGCCCUCUUGGCACUACCCCCGAAAAGUGGCCUCCCGCCCGGGGUGGCGAACAGCCAGGACUCCGGAGCCACCUCCGAGGAGGAAUGCACCAACAGCUACCUGACGCUUUGCAACGAGUACGAGCAGGAGAAGGUGGAGCCCGAGCCGCAGGAGGGGGGAGGCGAGGAGAAGGAGGGGGACGACGGGGAGGGGGGCGUCUCGACGGGGCAGGAGGCGUCGUCGUUGGAGGUGACCGUCGCCACGGCGACCACGACCACGUCGUCCCGGACGCGCUCGCCGCUCAGCAACGACAGCCUGUCGCCGCUCAGCGCGCAGGAGCUGCUGUUCUUCACGGAGGACGGCGGCGGCGGCGGCAGCGACGACGCCCGUCGGCCCCACGGCGACCCGCCGGACCACGGCGAGGUGUUCAGCCCCCUGCCGUCCCCCGCCGCCCCCCUCUCCCUGGACCAGUCCAAACGCACGCCCAUGGAGUUCUUCCGCAUCGACAGCAAGGACAGCGCCGGCGAGGUCGCCGGCCCCGAGGCCGGGGAACUCCGACUCAAACCCUCCUCCAACCCGUCCCCGUUCUCCGCCUCGGACCUGGAGCCCGACUUCCCCGGGGAGCCCCUGGAGCUGGCCCGCGAGGUCAAAGGUCACGCGUGGGGGCCCGACGGCAGCGACGGGGGCUCCAACGAGUCGGUGCCCGUCAUCUCCUUCAAGGAGGCGUCGGUGGAGGACGAGGCCCAGCCCCCCGACCUCCUGGUCAACCUCCCGGGGGUCAUGGGCGGGGCUGUGGAGGCCCCGGAGGAGGAGCUGGCCUCGACGGGGGGCUGCCUGGCCCUGGAGGCCCACAAGGCCUCGCCCAAGUUCACUCAGCCCGACGUGCUGCAGCUGCCCUGCGAGCUGGAGGAAGGGGAGGAGCUGACGGGGGAGGCCCCCUCCUGGUUGGACGGACGACCCCCCUGCGUGUCCCUGCUGGAUGACUGCGGCCUGGCGUUCGGACGAGAGGCAGAACGCCCAGAUGAGGACUCUCUCCCCGGCGGCGCCGUGCCAGUGGCUCCUCCCACAGCCUCCAACCCUGACUUCCUCUUCGCCGAAGCGCUCAACGAGAGCCUCGAAGCCGUUCUGAACCCUCCCGCGGACAAAGACUCGGCCCUCCACCCGGACCCGAGUAGCGUCGGCUCCGACCGGGUCGUGAACGGGAUCCCCGCCGUUUCCGGGCCGGGGUCCGGGGAGGCGGUGACGGGUCGCGAGGAGGCGCCGGGGGGCGCGGACCGAGACGCUUCUCGCCUGUUUGCCGCGCUGGAUGAGCUGUGCGCGGCGGCGGCGACGCAGGUUCGAAUCCCGGAGGAGUUUGUGUGCUGCUGGGCGGUGGAGAUGGUCCUGGCCCUGGACGGCCUGCACCAGGAGGGGGUGGUGUGUCGCGACCUCAACCCCAACAACAUCCUGCUCAACCAGAAAGGUCACGUGGAGCUCACAUACUUCUGCAGCUGGAGUGAGGUGGAGGAGUCGUACGACAGGAAGGCCAUAGCCAACAUGUACUGUGCACCAGGUGAGACACACACACACACACCAUGUAAAUACAGACCUGUGCCUCCAUGUUGAGGUCCUAAAAUGGCCGCCGGUGUUGGUCCCAAGCGGUGGAGGUUAAUGGUAUGCCGCCACACAGGGCCAGAAGUAGGCCACAGUCCCAGGGCCACAAAGACCUCAUUCAUCCCAGCACCAUGUCAGCAGCAGGCCUACUGAGCCUCGCUGGGGGGGCUUGCCCCCGGAGGCUGAGGGGCGGAGGCUGGGAGGUUAGCCCCACGCUGACACGUGAGAGAGUGACAGGGCGGUUUGAGCAUGACGGCGGAAGGGGACGGUGUCCCCUUCGACCACGACCUGAGAAAAGUGCUCUUUGUUCAUUCUGUCCCAUAAAAUCGAUCACUGUCCCUCACGCCGAGUUAUCUUUUAAGUUGACCAACUGAAGUCUGCCAUGUUCGGUUUGUUUUCUUUCUUUUCUUAUUUAGUAAGAGAAAUGUGAAAGGGUUAGCCAACAAGCGGCAGUGUCCAGAGGCACUGGGUGUAGUUCUGCGGGUGUCCUGCAGAGGGGGCUCUGGGGCCAGACUGCCGCAGGUUGACCCCAGCGCUGGCCUGAGCGUGCCUGUGGGAGGCCUGGCAUGCUGUUUAAAGGCUGCCUCAACAAACGGCUGCCAUGCUAGAGGUCCACCACGACCACGCCACAUCGCCUCUCAG